UGAGCCGAAUCUCCCGGGGGAAACGGUCAACUGCCACUCAUUUAAGUAGCCACCAGCAGUACCACUACCAGCACCAGAGAUAGACCAACAACCACCCUUGAAAUCUGACGAUGGCUAGUCCCAAACCAACUAGAACGAAGCCCCAAACGAGGAACUCGGUCCUCAAACUCAGCUUACUCUCGCUUCUCAGUACCACCACUCCCAUCAUCAACACCGGCGUCAGAGCAUCAGCCGACGCACAUCGGAGAGAUGAUAUCUCUUUCAGAGGACCAGUACCCGAAGACCUUCACGUGCCUCAUUGGGACUUCUCCGGAUCUGCUCAUCGAAUUCCUGCUGCAAAAGAUUUUGUUCGGCUGAUUACCCCCUUCCCAUUGGCGUAUGGAGCGAUGUUUACAGAACAGCCGAUCCCAUUCGAUCAGUGGUCGGUUGAGAUCGCAUUUAGGAUCCAUGGUGGUUUCAGUGAUCUCCAUCAUGGACAUCACAAUGAAACCCACCCAUCUGAUGAGGAUGAGGAGAUCACUGGUAAAGGUGGAAGAGGUAUUGCGUUUUGGUACACAAAGACACCAAAUUCGACACCACUUGUUGCAUCCACAAAUCCUAAAAAACACGUUGUCCCACGUCCACCAUUGACGGUAGACCAAUUCCCAGACCCACUAGACGAUGCGGUCUCAUUCUUUGGUGGUCCAACGAGCUUCAAUGGAUUAUCCGUCGUGAUUGACAACCAACCCUCGACACCCUUGACACGGCGAUCCGAUCGACAACACUGGGGCCCAGAAGAGAGUGGAAUCGGUGCGGAAGAGUGGUCUGUCGUCAGUGGAGUGAUCGAUGAUGGACGAGGCCAUAUCAAGUGGCUCGAGGACCGCAAACGUAGUGAUUUGGAGGAAGAUGAAGAAGCUGCCUACCUAAACCAUACUGUUGGUGAUUGCCAAGUUGCACUCCGAAACGCAGCUGGUGUGGUAUGGAUGAAAGUUACUUACGUCGGCCACCAGCUCACGGUUUCCCUGGAUAUUUCGCCUCACAACACUCUAUCCGGAGAGAGCAGGCACUAUAAACGAGAAUGCUUCUCUGCCAAAGAUGUGAAACUGCCUAAGGGAUACUACAUGGGACUAACUGGUUUGGCUAGCCCGAGCGAUGAGGCCGAUAAUGUUGAUAUAUAUGCUAUUGAAGUCAAGGAGAUCAAGGGAAAAGCCAAAUCAGAGGAAGAAGUCAUCGAGCAUUACAAGGAAGAACACGUUGCUGCUGAUGAUGUCAAGUUGGAAGGCACAGGCAAAGCAAGAGACCCAACGAACUUGGCAUUCGAAGCGUUGAACUCACAAAGGGAUUGGGCCCAAACGAUCAAACAAAUGUCACUAAAGUUGGAUAACUUAGGAAGCCGACCGUCCCAAAUCAACAACGCGAACGGCCAGACAACUGAACCUGUUUCAAGCGGUAACAAUGGAGUAGAUUCACAGCUUCAAGCUAUCAAUGCCAAGCUGGAUAACAUCCUUCACAAACUCGAUACGGCUGCCCCCGGUGGACCUGGAAGCUCAGAGAAAAACGAAUUGUUGGAGAAGAUCUUUGAUUUGGAAGAGCAAUCCAACCGGCACGAAAUGUUCUUAUCGGAACAGAUUGAAGAAUUGAGACAUUUAAUUCUCAACCCACCACCCCCAAGCUACAAGGAAGAUCAUCACUUCAAGCCUCUUGAACAUCAGCACGAUGAGAUUACAGGAGCUCCCGAUCAUCCGCCACCAUCCUUCAACGAUCAUUUCCAACAUGAACGAUUUUCUCAACAACAUAAGAAGGAGAAAAUGACGAUGUUGCAGUUCCUGGGUUGGUCGGUUGGGACGAUCGUCGUCCUCUUCGGGGCCUUCAAGGUCGUUCAAAAGAUCAUCAAGUCCCGGAAAUCUAACAACUUUGGAAGCGACGAGGGCAGCUACUUCUUGAAUACCAAUGGGCCUGGUCACAGCAAUAGCGCCCUAUCUAUGACGAUGGAUACGUUCGGCUUCAGACAACGUAGUAAAAAGAUGAUUUGAGAUCCCUCUUUUCUUUUGAUCAAUUUCCGCUUUUUUCUUCCUUUCUUCUUAUUAGAAAGCAGUCUUGUAGAUUGGCAGCCCCUGCCUGGGAUUCCAUAGAAUUGUACAUAAGCAGUGAGCGCAUGUUCCCUUGGGGAGGGUACACUCGGUAGGUAGUCUCAUGGAAACAAAGUUAGGGAAGGUGAAGAAUAGCUAGACAUCGUCAUCCCCCUAUGCGAUCAGGGGUUGGAUGUUUUGAAUGUUUUCCCUCUUUCCUUUCCAUCAUUUCAGUUUUUAGAGUUCCGAUUUGUUCACCUUCUUCGCUCACAUCUCAACUUUCUUCUUCUUUUGUGUCUAACUCUUUCUCUCUUGAGCGUCUCUCUCUCUCUCUCAACUUUCACUCUGUUUCUCUGUCUCUAUCACUUUUUUCUCUCUUUUUUUUGAUUGGUGCCUGCAUCUUGAUACCCACAAAAAAACCCACAUCUGGGAAAAGUAGUCAAAGUGAAUUCUAUUCCUGGUAUUACGCUUUUCUCUUUCCUGUAUCUCAUUCGGAAUCCUCCCCAUCACAUGCAUGAGUCUUCGCGCCUUUCUGUGCCUUGAUGGGGACGCGUGGCCCAUCAAGUCCGGAGCAACACCGCAGACUUGUAAUAGUUGUCCCAGAAUCCACCGCGAACAAUGUGCCUCAGAUGCUC